GUUGUGGAAAUUUUGCCCAAUUGUUGUGUCAUCCUCUUUUUUGCUCAACCUUGUGUAAAUUUCAUUACACAAUGAAAUAAAUUUCAUUGAACAUUCAGUAACGAUUGUUUCGCCAAGCAUAUCCAUUCGUUUUAAAUAUGGGGACUCCCAGAAAGUGAAAGUAUCCCAACCACAUAUUUUUUGCUGAUAGCUAUUCCAUUUUAAGCCAUGGUUGCACUACUGGCACAAAUUUAGUUUCUCAAAGGAUACUCUGCUAACGAGUAGGGACAAUCGGAAUCUGCGUUUGGAGUAUAAUAUUUCUCAUGGUGAAAGUGGGAUUCGCAUUUGGAUUGAAUUAUUGAGACGGUUCGGAUUUAAUAUCCAUGAGGAAUACGUAAGUUCACGAGAAAUGAGGCGUGGGCAUGCGCUCUUCAUCUAUUUGGUCACUUGUUUGAUGGGGCUAACUAGGUCACAGUAUUUAGACACGACAUGUGAAAAAUUCACUUUUAACCAAAAAUCCCUUAGUGGCCAGCGGCAGAGGGUUUCACUUCCUUGGUCGGCCACUAUAAGGGUGACGGAUGAUGAGGGACGGGAGAUUGAAACCAAUAUUUCGGGAAGUAUCAUCUCUCCAACGAUUGUAAUGUCUAGUACACUGGGGAUUGUUGCUCCUAACACGGACAAUCAUUUGACGAUAUUCCCGUUCCGAAAUUACCAAGCCGUGUUGGGUGUUACCAGGACUGUUAUCCCUAUCAGCCAUAUAUCAAUCCAUCCCAAAUUUACGGAGCGACACGGGACCAAUGAAGUCUUGUACCACCUCAAACAUCCCAUAAAAAUUUCCGAAAAUAUUCAACCACUUUGUCUCCCUCUCUCUGCAGAACGUUUCAAUCAAGCUGAAAUAUUUGAGAGCAGUCAUCGCUCUGUCUUAUAUGCUGGUUGGCAGAAGGGUUAUGUGAAAGAUGUCGUGGUUUACCAAAAUCUUACUGUUCAGCCACAGUAUGAAUGUCUUGGUCAGUGGGAGGGAUUCGAAAGCAGUAAAGUUCACGAAAACAGGUUCUGCGCCAGUGUGGAUGAAGGUAAUGCUGUAAUGAAAUGCGUUUGGCGAGACUUUGGGCCUGCCACUAAUAUAGCCGGAAGAUACUAUCUUUUGGGGCAUCCCAAUAAUUAUGUUAGGACCAACAAGUAUGGAAAAUGUCACCCUGGUGACGUGUACUACUUUUUGCUUUGGACGGACGAUACGCUAGCCUGGUUGCGGGACAGUGAUCGUUGCGGUCCAAAUAACUUCGCAUGUGGGAAUGGAGACUGUAUCCCACUCACGAGACUUUGCAACCGGGUGGUGGAUUGUGUUGGGGGAAAUGACGAAAAUGAAAUAUUCUGUGCUCAACAGUACAAUUGUGAAGCAGGGCAAUUUGACUGUGGCGAUAAAUGCAUUCCUAUUGAGAAAUUCCAGGACGGCGUGGUGGAUUGUGAAGGUGGCGAGGAUGAGCUAUAUUUUUUCAACGUGAUGGAUGUCACAACGGAUUCAUCUAAUAGAGAAUCACCUGCUCCGGACGAUAAUAUGAUUUUGUACAUCGCGCCCGGUUUAAUAGUCGCAGCCUUGAUUACAUCCUCCAUUUUAUUUUUGAUCCGAAAAAAGCUCGCGGCACGGAGGCAAUCUGUUUCAGCCAAAACAAGAGAAUACCGUUCUUAUCCCUUCAUAACGGCAAACCAUGACAAGGAUACUUCUCUGCCCUCCCCCUGUAAAUCAAAUCCAUCUCUCAAAUUUUUGUCAAAAGUUGGAAGAGGUGCAUUUGGCCAGGUUUACAAGGUUGAGGAUUCCACCGAUUUGGUGAAUCCUAUCUGUGCCGUGAAAUGUGUCGAUGUCCGAAACAAAUUGUUUUCCUGUCCUCGCACGGGAGCGACAAGAAUUUCUUCGAAAGAGACAAUGAAUCUGUUCAACGAAAUUGUGGUCCUGAAUAAAUUGAACUUUGACCACGUCGUGCGUUACUUUGCCUGCUGGGGGGAAGAUGAUGCCGACGGGUGUCAAAUCCUUGACGAAGAAGAUCUUGAAUCCACAAUGACGGGCGACACGGUUCCAUUGGGGUCAGCAAUGAGCAUCAUUUUUAUAAAAAUGGAACUCUGCCACUUUACCCUACACGACUUUAUGGGUAAAAAGGUCACGUCACAAGUGAGCAAUGGGCAUUUACUCGGAAUCGCGCAUGAUGUCGGGGUCGGACUGAAAUAUAUUCAUGACAAGGGAUACAUCCAUCGAGACAUCAAACCUGUCAAUAUAUUUUGCAAAAGUGACCCUGCGGAGGGAUGCACCUGGAAAAUUGGGGACCUUGGCCUCGCCGUGGGGAUAAAGGCGGAAGGAAAUUUUGGCAAAGUGGGAACGGAACUUUAUUGGAGCCCAGAGAUGAAGAGGGAGUUGAGCUACACGACAAAAACGGAUGAAUAUAGUUUGGGAUUAGUGUUUUUGAAAUUGGUACAAGGUCAGGAAAAUAAGUUUGGCUUUUGGUCGACGUCAACAAAAUUGCAUGAGCUUAGUGGUUCUGCCAAGCGGAGGCGUUUUCUGAGAGAUAUUAUUGCCGCGAAAUAUCGGUCGUGGGGGAAUGUGAUUCAUGGGUUGUUGGAUCCUGACCCGAGGGGAAGGUUGGGGUGUGACAAGUUGGAUAAAGCGUUGGGAAAAAUAAAAAUUUAGUUUGAGAAAAUACUUCGGCCGGCAUCUAUACCAAAAUGACCAUAGUACAUGACUUAUUCAACAGACUGAAGGAAUUUCCGUGUAAAAUUCACUUUUCGUCAAGUUGUGACGAUAUUUGUGACGAGCGUGUGACCAUCGAUACAGGUCGGCCGUUGAACCAACAGGUCAAACACAUGUUAUCUUCAGAUACUUUUUUUCAAACUUCAAAAAAUUUGCACACAUCUAAUGUUUUUCAAAAUUUCACAUAAUGUGUUCAAAGUUGCAUAAUUUGU